AUGGAGGUCCCGAUCCCGCUUGCUCUCCUCCUGGCCGCCUGGAGCUGCUCCUUCCCCUCCUCCUGCUCCUCCUCGCCCUCCUUCGCCUACCAGCUGGCCCAGCAGAGCAGCCGUCGCAGCAGCUGCAAGCCCGUGCCCAGCAGCAUGAGCCUGUGCCACGGCGUGGGCUACAGCGAGAUGCGCUUGCCCAACCUCCUGGGCCACGAGACCAUGAAGGAGGCGCUGCAACAGGCCGCCUCCUGGGUGCCCCUCCUCACCAAGCAGUGCCACCGAGACACCAAGAAGUUCCUCUGCUCUCUCUUCGCCCCCGUCUGCAUCAGCGAGCUGGACGAGCCCAUCUUCCCCUGCCGCUCCCUCUGCGAGGCCGUCCGGGACGGCUGCACCCCUGUCAUGGCCGCCUUCGGCUUCCCCUGGCCAGAGAUGCUCAACUGCAGCCGCUUCCCCCGGGGGAACGAGCUCUGCGUCCCGCCUGCCGGCCCGGCCGACAGGGUGCGGCUUCCAAAAGAAGGUAGGCGAGAGGUGAGCGGGCCGGGUGGCCGGGGUGCGAAAGCCCCAGGGAGGACCAGGGCAAGGGGCACAAGCAGCCCAGUUCUCCCUUCCCUCUGAGCUGCCUUCCCCCCACUCACUGCUUCCCUCAGAGGGUCGGACAAGGACUUGGGAGACAUGGGUUCGAAUCACGCACCCUGGGCUGGUAACCCGUGAAACGCGGUCCAGGACCUCAGUCCGACACGGCCAAGGCAGGACACGAGGCAGGAAAACAGGCAAGGACAGGCACAGGAUCUCAGGCAGGAUCUAGCAUACAGCAAUGUUGCUCCCACAACCUGGGGCAGGGUCCGAAAGCCUUUUAUCUUUGUCGGGGUAACGGUCGGUCCUGAUCCCCCGGUGACUCACCUCCCUGUCUCACCUGAAGGCGAGCACUCCUCCUGCGAGUACUCAGGUCUCUCCUUCUCUCAGACCUGAGUCUCUGCAGCUUGGGAGACGUCGGUGGGUUACUAGACCCAGAGGCCGCCUCAGCCUCCCCUGACCCAACCGGUAGUGGAGCAGCUGUAAGUGAUGGCCCAGCUGAAGGCAACGAGGUCAUCCCCGCAUCUGGAGCCAGGGCAGGCUCCGGCCCCGGACUCGGCCCAGCUGGUGCUUGUUGCAGGGGAACCUGUGCAGACUGGGGCUCUUCAAAAUCAGGCCCCAGACUUGGUUCAGAUGAUGCCUGAGGCAGCGGAUCAGGUGCGGACUGAGUCUCCUCUGGUUCCAAGCCCAAGCCCGAGCCCCAGGCCAUCACACACCCUCCCUCGGCCAUGAAGCUCCCUUGGGCGCCCUUUGCUGGCUUCUCUCAGCCCAGUCUACCUCGCAGAGUUGUUGGGGUUUUAAAUGAGGAGGGGAAAGAACUGCGUGCAGCACCUUGAGCUCCUUGGAGAGGCAGGUCGGACAUAUUAUUUCCUUAAGCAAGUGCAAUAGACAAAACAGAAACGCAAGGCAUAAAAUAAGUCAGUGCGUCAGUGCGACCUGGUCAAUUGGGUACCUGCCCCGACAGAUAUCAGCAUAUGUAUGCUAUCAUUCAAUUGGGAAAGGCAGCGUCCAUUUCUGAGCACCUCAGUUGAAGAAGGAUGUUGAGAAGCUGGAAGGUGUGCAGAGGAGGGCGACCAAGAUGGACCAAGCGCCCGGGAUACAUGCCUGAUGAGGAACGGUUGAAGGAGCUGGGUAUAUUUAGGAUAUAUCUCCUUUGCUCCUCCAGACACAGUGUGUGCUGCCUGUCUGCAUACUGAGAUUGGGGAGAAGGAAUUCCUGGAGAAUGUCUGCAGCCAGGACUUUGGUGAGUCUCUCAUUCUGUGUGCUGGCCGGGGAAAAGUGGUGCUGUAUGUCUGGGGAGAAAAAAUCACGUGAAUGGAAAACCGCCCAGAAGUGCAAUGGCACUUCCUUCUCUUCUUCUUCAACCCCCAAAUUACUGGGGGAUCCCCAGAAGUGGUUUGGGAAGUGCCUGGGGAGAGAAGAAGGAAGGCCAAUUCAUUCAUUGCACUCACGAAUGUUGUUCAACUGGCGCAUUGACUCGGAAUAUGCUCCCGUUACCAAUUAUUCCGCAUCUUUUAUUCCCCUUCCUCCCCCCCCCCUUUUUGUGAAGAUUACCCGCUCUGAGAUCCCACAGCUAAUUCUCCCCUGGUCUCCUUGCUGGCCCAAAUAGGACUAAUUUAGCCAGCUAGCCCUGGUGAUCAUCUAAUGCUUAUUGUAUGGAUUUCCCCCCUAAAUUGAUUUUUGAAUUCUGAAUUUAUUGUUAAUCACAUUUUAUACUGUAUUUUACACUGUUUUUUGUUGCAUCAAUUAAGUGUUUUAAAUUCCUUAUUAGCCGCCCUGAGCCCGGUUUUCUGAACCGGGAAGGGUGGGGUAUAAAUAAAAAAUUAUUAUUAUUUUUUUAUUAUCUAAUUUUUGAAGCCACAUUCGCAAGACGUUCAGCAAAAUCCAUAUCGGUUUUGUAGUUUCUUGGCUAGUGCUGCUUUUUGAUGCCCCCCCCCAUCAAACCAAUUACAAAACUGGAUACGGGGUAAGCCACAAUGUGGACACCCCCUAAGAGCCAUUUAGAGGGCUGGUAGUAUAUAAAUUUGAUUGAUAAAUAACAGAAAACACCUCUCUGUACAAAUGCAGCUUGAAAUGCAACAGUGGAUGGAAUGAUAUUGCUGUGUUUCAAGCCACGGUUGUGAAUGUAAUCAGCAUCUACAACCCUGCCUGCCUGCCCCAAAUUAGCCGUGGUUCGUGCAUUGUGGGGGGUUGGACUAGAUGACCUUUGGGUCCCUCCCAACCUUGUAAUUCUAUGAGGAGCAGUGCCGGAUUUACGUAUAAGCUAAACAAGCUAUAGCUUAGGGCCCCACUCUCUUGGGGGCCCCCCAAAAAUGUAAAGGGGGGAAAACCUGGAUGUACCUUUCCAAAAUAUAAGAUAAGAAACAAAUAAAAUAAAACCUACAUACAGCAACAGUGUUUUGUGUUGUGUAGGCUCCUAUGAUGUAAGUCAUGGGCCCCGCCUGCUAGCCUGCUCCCUCAAAUAUCACUGGUUUGCUCAUUUCUAUAUAAAGGGUGCCUACAUUCUGCUAUUUAUCAUUAUUUGUAGUUUGCAUCAUAUAUUUACACCUAUCAUUAUUUCAUGUUAUAGCAAGUUUCUAGAGACUAGGUUAUGAGUCUUUGCAAAUUGUGUUUCUAAAGGAACAUUUGUUAUCGCCAAAUGCCAAUGUGUUUGCAUUAUUAAGUUUGUUAUGAAUAAAAAAUCAUUUUAAGUUAGAGCUUAAUUAUUUCACUAUUAAUGUACUUCUUAACUGUAUUUCAGUUCAACAAUUACUUUGAUAAAAUGCAUAUUUUGUUAUGUGCAAAUGGCUUGAGAUACCUAUUGGGUCCAUAAAUUACCAGAUAGCAUCUAUUCAACACUAUUUGUUGUUGACAAAGGACAGCUGGACAUAUAAAGGGCCCCAUUACCUUCAAGAGCUUAGGGCAUCAUCAAACCGAAAUCCAGCCCUGGUGAAGAGGCAUACGGAGGGGAGCUGGGCAUGUUUAACCUGGAGAAGAGGCGGUUAAGGGGUGAUAUGAUAGCCAUGUUCAAAUAUAUAAAAGGAUGUCACAUAGAGGAGGGAGAAAGGUUGUUUUCUGCUGCUCCAGAGAAGCGGACACGGAGCAAUGGAUCCAAACUACAAGAAAGAAGAUUCACCUAAACAUUAGGAAGAACUUCCUGACAGUAAGAGUGGAAUUUGCUGCCAAGGAGUGUGGUGGAGUCUCCUUCUUUGGAGGUCUUUAAGCAGAGGCUUGACAACCAUAUGUCAGGAGUGCUCUGAUGGUGUUUCCUGCUUGGCAGGGGGUUGGACUCGAUGGCUCUUGUGGUCUCUUCCAACUCUAUGAUUCUAUGAUUCUAUGGAGGUCGCGGUCGGGGGGUCCUAGCCAAUGGCCACUGGAAAUGGUACCUGCAUCGCUGCCAACUUUUUCCUUUUUUUUAAGGGAAAUUCCCUUAUUCCAAAUAGGAUUCCUUGCAAGAAAAGGGAAAAGUUGACAGCUAUGGGUACAGGAAUUGCAGGGGCAGCCCUUGAUGGCAGGGAGCGAGGAGGGAAAGAACCCAACUUGCAGAGGAGCCUUCCCAUUAACCCUGUCCCUUUCCCCCAUGUCUCCCUGUCUCCCGCAGCCUUAAAAAUGAGCAUCAAAUCUUCAUCUGCCAUCGACGGGGACCUCCAGGUGACCCCUGACCUCCGGGGGCGCACCCUUUACAGGCAGGACGGCUGGUCGGAGGAAGAGCUGAAGAAGCCGGUUCUGUGGCUGACCGACGGAGAGGCCUGCUCCUGCGAGGAAGUGACGGCGGCAGGGCCUGGGUCCGUGGUCCUUGCCAUGGGGCACAGGGUAGCUGGCCGGCUCGUCCUCUCCUGGGUCAGGAGGUGGCGGCGGGGGGAGAAGGAGCUGAAGAAGUUCACCAGGGCCGUGCGGAAAAUGCAGUGUUAA